CCAGCUGGGACACCAGACAUGGUCCAAAGCCCUGCAGGGCUGGCUGCUGUGACUUCCCGACUCUGCAAGACAAGCCCAGGCAGGGUGAAAAACACCUGUGCCCUACGGCCAUGUGUGCUGGUGGCUGUUCCAGGCCUCAUCCGCCCCAAGGCCUAAGAUGACACCAAACAGCACUGAGGAGGUACCCAGCCUAGUGCCCACAGCGGCCCUGGGGCUCUCGGUGGCCCUGGCGAGCCUCAUCGUUGCAGCCAACUUGCUCCUGGCACUAGGCAUUGCCUGCGAGCGCCGCUUGCGCAGCCCACCUGCGGGCUGCUUCUUCCUGAGCCUGCUGCUGGCCGGGCUGCUUACAGGUCUGGCACUGCCCGCCCUGCCAGGGCUCUGGAACCACAGCCACCGGGGCUACUGGUCCUGCCUGCUCCUCUACCUGGCCCCCAACUUCUCCUUCCUCUCCCUGCUUGCCAACCUGCUGCUGGUACACGGGGAACGCUACGUGGCGGUGCUGCGGCCCCUCCAGCCUCCGGGGGAUAUCCGGCUGGCCCUGCUGGGCACCUGGGCAGGCCCCCUGCUCUUUUCUAGCCUGCCAGCUCUGGGGUGGAACCACUGGACUCCGGAUGCCAACUGCAGCUCCCAGGCUGUCUUCCCAGCCCCCUACCUCUACCUUGAGGUCUACGGGCUUCUGCUGCCAGCCGUGGGGGCCGCUGCCCUGCUUUCGGCCCGUGUGCUGCUCACAGCCCACCGACAGCUGCAGGACAUCCGUCGCCUGGAGAGGGCGGUAUGCCGGGACGCACCCUCAGCUCUGGCCCGGGCCCUCACCUGGAGGCAGGCCCGGGCGCAGGCCGGGGCCACACUGAUCUUCGGGUUGUGCUGGGGACCCUAUGUGGCCACACUGUUCCUGUCGGUGCUGGCCUAUGAGCAUCGCCCGCCCCUCGGGCCUGGCACUCUGCUGUCUCUCCUCUCCCUGGGCAGCGCCAGCGCAGCAGCCGUUCCCGUGGCCAUGGGGCUGGGAGAUCACCGCUACACAGCCCCAUGGAGGGCAGCCGCCCGACGGUGCCUGCAGUGGCUGCGGGGCAGAGGCUCCCAGGGAAGUCCUGGCCCCAGCACUGCCUACCACACCAGCAGCCAAAGCAGUGUUGAUCUGGACUUGAACUAGGAUGAGGCCCCUACUGACCGUGACCCCUGGCGACUGAGCCCACUUGUCUGCAUCAGAGCCUCUGCCUACAGCUUAACCCACCCCACACAGUGCCCUUUCCCUGUCCCUGGAGUGGAGAAGCCAGCAGCCAAGUCACAGAAAGAAACCAAGGGAGAUUCCUACUCCAGACUGAUGGGGGUGAGGUAGACGCUAAGGUCUGGGGCAGAAGGGCGC